AUGGUUCGGUUAUUUCAAUUGCAGGAGCAAUGUCUACGCGUCAUGGGUCACAAUAUGGUUGUGGAGCCUCUAACUUUAAGCCUAAAGCACAUUGCCUCUUUGGCAUUUGUGCUAUCAGCGCAAUAUCCGUUGGUAUCAUAUGCAUUGCAUAAUCGUGAUGAUCUGGAGCUAAUUACCGCUGGCUUGAGUGUGGUCUUUACCAACAUGUUGACUGUCAUUAAAAUAUCUACGUUUCUGGCAUACAAACAAGAUUAUUGGCGCAUGAUUCAGGGCUUCAGGCAAAUGUAUCUGCAGUCUCGACGUUUGCAGCACUGUGGCUACGACUAUGUAACGCCCGCCAAUAAAUUGGCCACAAAGCUGGGCAAAGCUUACUUCUUUUCCUGUGGCUUUACAGGCUUAUACUUUAUGCUGACCCCUAUUGUAAUGAUUAUUUCAAGUAACUGGCGUGGCGUGUCUGUUGCGAGAGAGCUGCCCAUGCCCAUGAAAUUUCCUUUUAAUGACACUGUGAGUCCUGGCUACGAGUGUGGCUAUGUUUACACUAUGAUCGUUACCAUUGUAGUGGUGUUGUAUGCUUCGGCUGUGGAUGGUCUUUUCAUUUCAUUUGCCAUCAAUCUGCGUGCGCAUUUCCAAACGCUGCAGGAUACCAUUGUCCAGGCGGCCACUGAUUCUGUACAACUCAUUGACGCCAUUAACUAUCACGUGCUGCUCUUGGACAUGUCCCAGCGGCUGCGUCUCAUUUUUAUGCCCAUUGUCUUUGGCCAGUUCUUCAUCACGUCGCUGCAGGUUGGCGUUAUUAUCUAUCAGAUUGUAACUCAUAUGGACUCUGUGAUGUCGCUACUGGUAUAUUUCUCAUUUUUCGGAUCCAUUAUGCUGCAAUUAUUUCUCUAUUGCUAUGGUGGCGAGAUCAUCAAGGUUGAGAGCCUGCAAGUGGGUGUGGCCGUCCAACUGUCCGAUUGGCAUUUGGCAACGCCAAAACAAAGACGAUCCUUGGCCUUUAUUAUGCAACGUGCGCAACGGGAAAUGAUCAUCAAGGCGGGUUUCUAUGAAGCUUCGCUGGCUAACUUUGUAGCGAUUUGUCGCGCAGCCUUAUCGCUUAUAACGCUUAUACAAUCGAUUGAGGGUACUGAAGUAGAAAAAACUGAAAAUAAGCAUUAAGAAGAA